AUGCAAGAACUGAAAUCUCCGAAGUUGUUAAAUAAUCUAGUCUCAAAUGUUUAAAAAAAACAAAACCCCAUUCCUCCCUCAACUGACAUCAAUAUUCUCCAAUAAAUUUUGGAUCAAGUUCAACCUGUUGAGAUUAUACAUAAUAAUAAUGAUGAUGGUUAAGGAUGUAAACUAUAUAUUUAAUCUCAUAGAGGCCAAUUAAAAAAAGAACAAUAAAGUCCUUAAAAUUAAUGAGGGUUAAGCAGAAGAAUAGUUAAUUGACUUUAUUCAAUUGGGCAUCUAGGACUUUGAAGCUAAUCAAUAUUCCCAAUGUGUGUAUCACUUAAAAUAAGCAGAAUAAAUACUAACUGCCAUUUCCUAUUCUAAUCCAUUGAUUCACUACUUCCUCAUGAUAAGAAUUAAUUUGGGAGUCGUCUUUUAUGCCAUCGGCUGGUUGGAAUAAGCUUUUACUUGUUUUGAAGACGCCAUUUUGGCUUUAAAGAAAACCCCCAGAACAGAUUAAGAAGGCUAUCUCCUUUCAAUUACACGUCUCCACUGUUAUUUGCAAUGCUGCAUCAUCCUUUCAGAGAGUGGUCAGCACUCAGAGGCUUUGGCUUUUGCUAAAAUGGCAAUAAGAAAAGCCUCGAAAAUACUGAUUGAUCUCCAAAAGUACAUGCAGAGCUAAAUACACUAACAAGUCCUUGAAGAAAUUCUCAAAAAGAGCUUACCAAUUCUAAAACCCAAACAUCAAACUAUAGUACAGGGUUAUCAAAUGCAAACCCAAACUACUUAAGAAGUACAAUGAUUAGUAUUAAAGAGUUACGAUUCAGUGUAUUCUGGAUGUCCAUAAGCGUACAUUCAUAGGGCCAACAUUUUAUUCUUCAUCCAAAUGAAUCCAGUGAAUUUAAACAAUUUUACCCAUGUCGAGGACUUUCCCACUAACUAACUAUAUUUGCAUAUGAUAUGUUUGUUUGUGAUUUCUCUGUAUUGCACUUCAACGGAGUCCAAAUUUGUUUAGAAAGUUGAGUCUUUUUGUUUUAGUGAAGCAGAGAAUUAUUUAUCAAGAGCUUUAGAAAUAGCUUACUUGUAUUUACCCAAAGAUUUACCUUUGAUUAAUUAAUUGUUGAAUGUCCACAAUAGAUUUUAUGACAUUUCCAAAUAGGUACUUAUUAACUCGAAUAUCUAGGCAAUUGAUGAAGAUGCAAAGAUGAAAAUGGAUCAAGGACAUUUUGAGAUUGUACUACUUAAGCCAGUAAUCGAAUCACAGAAAUGUGGAUUUGUGAUUCCAAUCAUCAGAAAAUGUAAUCAAUAACUAAUUUCAAGCUAAAUAUGUUGGAUUGAAGAGCAGAACAAGAUCUAUGAAAGAACAAUAAUUUUCAAAUACAAAGUAAGUCAAUUUUAAUGUUGAGCCAGAGCAUUAGAUCUAUGAAGCUUAAAGCAAGACUCACAAACGGAAGUUAAGAUCUAUUUCAACUACUAAUAAGUACAAACCUAACUCUCCUAAGUGGGCCAAUCAUUAAUUAGCAGAGGUCUACUUGAAUCAAUAAUAUCCAUUUAAGUCUGUGCAAAUCAAAAAGCAGCAAUAAAAAUACAAUAACAAAACUGUUGAUUUGGGUUCUGGCAAGAAUUCAGGAAAUUAAAAUAGUAAAUUGAAUAGAUCAGAAAACUAAAUCAAAAAGAAAUAAUUAAAUAUUUAAUUGAUGAUUACUAAUAAUAUCAAUUAAACCAGUUCUACAUAAAAUUCAAAUAAUGGAUAACAAACGCAAGUGAACAACGUAACACAACAAUAGUUAUUCAAGAGGAAAAGGAAUAAUUAAUCAUUUAAUUUUGAACAAAUUACAACUAAGAGCCCUGUAAAUCUAUUUGUCUAAAAAUAAAGAGAUGAGAAAACACUUUCGACUAUAUAAUAGAAAAUCAAAUCUGUAAUAAAACAAUGUUGA